AUGUCGGGCCGUGAACGGGGCUCCCUGGCGCGCUCCAAGGAGUGGCUGAGGGCCCCUCCAGAGGAGGGGUGGCAAGAUGGUUGGUGGUCGGUCGACGUGCAAAGAGAGGAGGGUUUUGGGAGUGCCCUGUGGCUUGAGCGCGUGCGCGAGGAAGCCGGGCGCGCGCGGCCAAAAAGGGGGCGGCGCGCUGCAUGGGCCGGGAAUCGAACCCGGGCCUCCCGCGUGGCAGGCGAGAAUUCUACCACUGAACCACCCAUGCACCGGUGGCGGCGGCCACCAGACGGCUUCCCCAGCGGCGCUCGUCGUCGUCCCGGCACGGCCAGUGGUGAGCACCCGCUGCGCGGGGGCGGGCGGCGGGCCCGCAGGUCUGCAAGACAGGCUCCCGCGCACGUGCAGAGAUGCGCCGAGGGCUCGGGCUCGGGCUCGGGCUCGGGCUCGGGCCGGCGCGCGCGGCGCCCACGGUCCCAGCGAGGGCCCCGAGGCGGACUCGGCUCACACCUGCGCCCUCUCCCUGGGGCGGGGCCGCCGCCAGACACUGUCCUGCCGGGAGGAGCAGCCUGGCCAAGCCUGACCCGCGCCCGAUUCCCAGGCAGCGCGGGGCGUCUGUGGCCGGCGCAGCUCAGCGCGGACCUUCCCUUCACUCCCGGCGCCCCCCCGAAGGCCCAUGGGCGGAUGGCUCUCCGGCCCGUGCAGUGCGCGCCGGAGGGGGCCGGCUGGGGCCCGGAGCUCGGAUUGUGUGCGCUCCCGGGGUUGCCGCGGGGUGGGGGGGGGGGGUGUGGGUGCGCGUGUGUGCGUGUCGGCGUCGGUUGUCGUCGUCGGAGAUGGGGGCCGCCGAGUAGCGCCCAAGCCAAGGAGGCCAAAGAAAGGCGUGUGAGCUCUGCCCGCAGCUCUCCGUCGGGCCGGCUGGGCUGCCGGUGGGGUGAGGCCGGCAGGUGCGCUGGGCGGAGCGGCGCCGGCUGGCUGGCUGGCGGGCGGCGCGGUUUGAUGGGAGCGCGCUGGCGUCCUGGAGCCCCGGCCCCGCAGCGGCUUCCGGCGCGGAGGGGGCCCGGGGAGGCAGGGCUGCCCUUGCGCUCAAGGGCUCCCCGGAGCCACCACGGCGGGGUGGACCCCACCCCGCCCCCCCGGGCCAGGCCCAGCGAACGGGGCAGGGGGUCCCGUCUCUGCUGGCGCGCGGAGGGCUCGGCUGCCCGCCUUGGCGGGCGUGUGGCCGUGGGGGCGGCGGCGGGAAAGGAAGAGGGCAACGGAGCCCCCGGAGAGCCGUGCCGCCGACUUGCCGAGUUUGCCGAGGCCCGCGGCCGCCGUGGGGCGCCGCCAGACCUCGCAGCCCGCAGCCCGCAGCCGCAGCGCGGUGUAAGGCGGGACAGACAGGGCGUCGUCCAGGCCCGGGGGAGACUGCGACCUGAACGCAGCGCCUUAGACCGCUCGGCCAUCCUGACGGCGGGCCUGGGCGCGCCGCCGCUCGCCUGGCUGGGACCCGGCGCCGACCCCGGAGCUGGCUGGCGGCCGUGUGGGUGCGCGACGGACGGACGGACGGACGGACGGACGGGACUCGCGUCCCGGUCGACGAGGCCAACGGCCCGCCGACUGACUCUGCUGGCGCCGCCGCCCUCGCCGCGGUUCCUCGCCGCCGCCCCCUCCCCUUCCCGGGGCGCGCACCCUGCUGCCGGCGUCCCGGCCCCCCCCCGCCGCCCCCGCCGCCCGCCGCGGCCCAUCCCCCCGGCGCGGGGCCUCCGGCUCGCUCGCGCAGCCCUGCUUGCCGUGUCGGGCGUCUUCUUCCCGCCGCCAUCCCCGCGCGGCUGGGCGGGGGGCGGGGGCGGCGGCGGGUCCGGGGGCGCGACGCUCCGAGUCGGGCCGGGGGACUGCUGUUGCGCGCUGACGCGGCGGCCGGGGGGUCGGGCCGGGUGGGCCGUGGCCCGGGGCACGUGCGGGCGCCUGGCAGGACGGGCGCGCGGGGACGUCGAGGGCCCGGGUGGGCGUGGGCAGGCAGGCAGGCCGGCGGGCGGGCGGGCGGGCGGAGAGGGGUCGGGCGCCCGGGCGGCCGCCGCCGCCGUCCUCGUUAGUAUAGUGGUGAGUAUCCCCGCCUGUCACGCGGGAGACCGGGGUUCGAUUCCCCGACGGGGAGGCGAGACAAGCCCUCUUUUGGUCGCGGGCGCCGCCGCCGCGCUGCCCAAACUGCCUCCGCCCGGCCCCGUGCGGCCAGAGGCGCGGGGCGACCGCGGGGGCCCGUCCUGCCCGCCGUCGACCCGACCCCCCGCACCCCCUGCCCUUCCUCGUCGGCCCUGGCGCCCUGGCGCCCUGGCGCGUGCGGGCUCGGCCCAGCCCAGCCGGGACCCUCUGACGGGAGGGCUGGCCGCCACGGGCUCCUCGCUCACGCGACGGACAGCUGCCCGGCUGCCGGGCUGCCCGUGGAUGGUGGCCGUGGGGGGCGGGGCCGACUCCGAGGGCCCGGGAGCCGCAGGGCGGCGAGAGCGCCCCCAGAGGCGGGCGGCGGAGGCGGCGGGCGGUCGUGCCUGCGGAGCAGCCAGGGCUGCGUGGGGGUGGCUGCGGGUGGGGCGCCGGGCGGCCGCUGGUGGCGCCCGCGACGGCGCAGAGCUGCGGCCGGCCGGCACGUCGGGGCAGGGCUGCGGCAGGCGGCGGAGGCGGUGGCGAGAGGGCGAGGAGGCGCUGGUGCGGAGCCUGGGCCGGCGUCCGGGGGCGGCCCGGGCUGUGCAGCGUUGGUGGUAUAGUG